UGAAUUUUUAAAACACUGGUGAGAGGAGCUGGUCCUGUUCGCGACUGUUCAGCUUUCAAAGAGUUUACGUUAGGUGUCUAAAACCUUCAUUGACUUUACGAUAUAAAUACUUUUUCGUUAGGCAAAGUUCUCAGUGCACAAAAAACAUGGCAGAGCCACUAAAGUCCCUGUUUGAAAACAAGCCAGUGGAAAAGACAAAGAAGGACCCAAAACGGUUGUCUGUGGAGAGGAUCUAUCAGAAGAAAACUCAGCUGGAGCACAUUUUGCUUAGACCAGACUCCUACAUUGGCUCUGUUGAGCCUGUUACACAGCAAAUGUGGGUCUAUGAUGAGGAUGUGGGAUUGAACUGUCGUGAUAUAACAUUUGUCCCUGGUCUUUACAAAAUCUUUGAUGAAAUUCUUGUAAAUGCUGCUGACAAUAAGCAGAGGGAUUCGAGCAUGUCAUGUAUCAAAGUCAACAUUGAUGUUGAAAACAACACCAUCAGUGUUUGGAAUAAUGGAAAGGGUAUACCUGUCGUGGAGCAUAAAGUUGAAAAAGUGUAUGUGCCUGCUCUCAUUUUUGGGCAGCUCCUCACCUCCAGCAACUACAAUGACGACCAGAAGAAAGUCACAGGUGGACGUAACGGUUAUGGAGCCAAGCUUUGCAACAUCUUUAGUACCAAGUUCACUGUGCAGACUGCAUGUAAAGAAUCGGGCAAGGCUUUUAAGCAGACCUGGUAUGACAACAUGGGCAGGGCUGGGGAUGUCAGCAUCAAACCCUUUAGUGGAGAAGAUCACACUUGCAUCACCUUCAAACCAGAUCUGCCCAAGUUCAAGAUGACCAUUUUGGACAAGGACACUGUUGCUCUGAUGACUCGCAGGGCUUAUGAUAUUGCUGGCUCCACUAAAGGGGUCCGUGUGUUCCUUAAUGGGAAUCGGCUGCCAAUUGUGGAUUUCCGCAGUUAUGUGGACUUGUAUUUGAAGGACAAAGUGAAUGAGGUGGGAGAGCCCCUUAAAGUAAUCCAUGAAGCUGUCAAUGGGCGUUGGGAGGUCUGCCUUACCAUGAGUGAAAAGGGUUUCCAACAAGUCAGCUUUGUCAACAGCAUUGCUACAACAAAGGGUGGAAGACAUGUUGACUAUGUCGCUGACCAGGUCAUUUCAAAGCUCAUAGAUGUGGUCAAGAAGAAAAACAAAGCUGGAGUUAUUGUCAAGCCAUUUCAGGUGAAGAACCACAUGUGGCUCUUUGUGAACUGUCUGAUUGAGAAUCCAACCUUUGACUCUCAGACCAAAGAAAACAUGACUCUGCAGCAGAAAAGCUUUGGCUCUACCUGCCCCCUCACUGAAAAAUUUAUCAAACAGGCUAUCACCUGUGGCAUUGUGGAAAGUGUUAUGAACUGGGUCAGAUUUAAGGCUCAGACACAGCUCAACAAGAAAUGCUCUGCUGUCAAACACACAAAAAUCAAAGGGGUACCGAAACUGGAUGAUGCCAAUGAUGCGGGAGGAAAGAAUUCCAUUGGCUGUACUCUUAUCCUCACUGAGGGAGACUCGGCCAAAACACUGGCUGUGUCUGGUCUUGGUGUAAUUGGUAGGGACCGCUAUGGUGUCUUCCCUCUCAGAGGAAAAAUGCUCAAUGUUCGAGAAGCCUCUCAUAAACAGAUAAUGGAGAAUGCUGAGAUCAACAAUAUCAUAAAAAUUCUUGGACUGCAGUACAAGAAAAACUACACUGACCCUGAAUCUCUGAAGACCUUGCGGUAUGGCAAGCUCAUGAUUAUGACAGAUCAGGAUCAAGAUGGCUCCCACAUUAAAGGCCUACUCAUCAACUUCAUUCACCACAACUGGCCUUCACUGCUGCGUCACAACUUUCUGGAAGAGUUCAUAACUCCCAUUAUCAAGGCAUCCCACAAGAAAACACAGCUGUCCUUUUACAGUAUUCCAGAGUUCAAUGAAUGGAAAGAAAGCCAGGCAAACAUCAAAUCUUGGAAAAUCAAAUACUACAAAGGUUUGGGUACUAGCACAUCACAGGAGGCCAAGGAAUACUUCUCCGAUAUGCAUAGACAUCGCAUUCCAUUUAAAUACUCUGGGCCUGAGGAUGAUGAAGCUAUUACACUUGCCUUUAGCAAGAAAAAAUGUGAUGAGCGUAAAGAAUGGCUUACAAAGUUCAUGACUGACAGGCGACAGCGCCGAGAGCACAACUUGCCAGAGGACUACCUGUAUGGUCAGGCCACCAAAUCUCUUUCCUACAACGACUUUGUCAACAAAGAACUUGUCCUUUUCUCCAACUCUGACAAUGAAAGGUCUAUUCCUUGCCUUGUGGAUGGCCUCAAACCUGGCCAGAGGAAGGUGAUGUUCUGUUGCUUCAAGAGGAAUGACAAACGUGAGGUCAAGGUGGCACAGUUGGCUGGUUCUGUGGCAGAGAUGUCUGCAUACCAUCAUGGAGAGGGCUCCCUGAUGAUGACCAUUGUUGGUUUGGCUCAGAAUUUUGUUGGCAGCAACAACUUGAAUCUUUUGCAGCCUCUUGGUCAGUUUGGUACUCGGCUGCAUGGUGGCAAAGACUCUGCCAGCCCUCGAUAUAUUUUCACUAUGCUCAGUCCUCUGGCUCGCCUUGUUUUCCCUCAAAUGGAUGACAACUUGUUGAAGUACAACUAUGAUGAUAACCAGCGUGUUGAGCCCGAGUGGUACAUUCCCAUCAUCCCCACAGUGCUGGUGAAUGGAUCAGACGGCAUUGGCACAGGGUGGGCCAGCAAGAUCCCCAACUAUGACAUCCGAGAGAUCAUCACCAACAUCUACCGCAUGCUGAAUGGAGAGGAGCCCCAGCCCAUGCUCCCAAGCUACAAAGGCUUCAGGGGCACAAUAGAUCAGGUCAUGGAUAACAGUUACUUGAACAGUGGAGAAGUCUCUAUCAUUGACUCAGAGACCAUUGAGAUCUCUGAAUUACCCAUCAAAAUAUGGACACAGACCUACAAGGAGAAUGUACUGGAGCCAAUGUUAAAUGGCACAGAAAAGGUCCCUGCUCUGAUCACAGACUACAAGGACUACCACACAGACACCACAGUGCGUUUUGUGGUGAAGAUGACCCCAGAGAAACUGAGGGAGGCUGAAGCUGCAGGACUUCAUAAAGUCUUUAAGCUACAAAACAGCCUCACCUGUAACUCCAUGGUCCUGUUUGACCAUGUGGGCAGUCUGAAGAAAUACGAGACAGUACAAGAAAUAAUGAAGGAUUUCUUUGAGUUGAGAAUGAAGUACUAUGUGCUCAGGAAAGACUGGAUGACAGGCAUGCUGAAAGCAGAGAACUCAAAGCUCAGCAACCAGGCCCGCUUCAUCCUAGAGAAGAUCCAAGGGACCUUGGUUAUCGAAAACAAGCCAAAGAAGGAGUUGAUCCGAAUGCUACAGGAGAUGGGCUACGAUUCUGACCCAGUUAAAGCCUGGAAACAAGCACAAGAGAAGAAUGAAGAGGAGAUGGAAGAAGAUGGAGAUGAGGAGAAGGAGAAAGAAGACACAACUGGGCCAGAUUACAACUACCUUCUGUCUAUGCCUAUGUGGUACUUGACCAAAGAAAAGAAGGAUGAGCUCUGCAAACAAAGGGAUGCCAAGUGCGCAGAGCUGAACACGCUAAAGAACAAGUCUCCAUCUGAUCUAUGGAGAGAAGAUCUUGCUGCUUUCUCUGAAGAAUUAGAGCGCAUUGAAGCCAAAGAGAAGGAAGAAGCUGCUGCACCUGCAAAGGGAGCAAAAGGCAAAUUGAUGAAAGUCAAAAAGGAGACUCUUCCUACCCCCCAAGGCCGACGUGUGAUUCCCCGGGUCACCAGCACAAUGAAGGCUGAGGCCCACAAAAAGAAAGGAGUGGGCAAGAGAGUCAAGGGUGAAGAUAUAGUGAUGAAAAUGGAAUUUGGGGAUGAUGGAGAGCCAAUAGAAGUACCCACAGAGAGUGGCCUUGUAGUACCCCCCACUAAGAAAGCAAGGGCCCCCAAAAAGCCCAAAGUGGCGGAUGGAGAUCCUGUAGAGGUGUCUGAGGAGAUGGGACUUGCAGCACGACUAACGAAGAAAACCAAAACUACAACUAAGGAGAAGGCCCAAUCAAAGACUGGAAAACAAACCACUCUUUCCUUUAAACCUGCGGAAAAUAAACUGAAGAAAAAUAAGUGGUCAGAUGAUGAGGGAGAAUCUGAGGACUCCAUGGAAACCAAAGAACCAGCAGCCUCAAGAGAAAGAGUUGUACGCAAAGCUAAAGCUGCGGUCAAGUACAGCAUGUCCAGCGAUGAGGAUAGUGAGGAUGAUUUUGAUGACUGGGGAAAGACAAACAAAACAAGCAAAAAAAUGGGAAUGAGUGAUGAUGACAGCUUUGCACCGGAUUUUAGCCUUAACAAAAGCGAUAUGGACUCUCCUGUACGCAAACCAGCUGCUAAGAAACCUGCAAAGAGCAAGAUGGCUAAAACAACAGAGGUCAAAGUCAAUUCUUCUGACGGUCAAGAGGCUCCAUCCAAACCAGUGGCUCAACCUAAAGCAAAGACGGCUGCAGCAAAGAAACCUGCUGGGGCCAAGAAAGCUCCUGCACCCAAGAAGAAGACACUAGGAGACGCAAAGCAGCCCUCCAUCUUGGAUGCCCUCUCAAAACCCAAAGCUACGUCCAAGAUGACAGACAAGAAAGUGCCUUCAUUCAAUUCCAGUGACUCUGAGGCUGAAGUGAAAGCACCUGCUCCGAAGGACAAGGUACUCAAACGCAAGCAGGCAAUGAGCGAUGACUCAGACAGUGAAUCGGACAACCUCAUGGUGCGACUCAAAGCUAAAAACACAGCUGGAAACAAGAAAACAAAAAAGUGGGAGGAUGAUGAGAGUUUUGAGGCAGAACCACCAGUACAAGUGAAAUCCUCUCGAACUAAGAAAACAAAUUACGUCCUGGAUUCAGACUCUGAUGAAUAAUCUCACUGGUUACAAUGUAGACAACAGAUUCUUCACCAUUUUAUAUAUAUUUUUAAAAUAUGGUUUACUCUACUCUAACUUGUUGCACAAAUAGACUGUAUUCAAAAUAUAGAAUUGUAAAUAUUUUCUCAUGAAGUUAUUAGUAGUUUUAAAUACUUGUGCGUUAAAUUGUUUGUCUUGUACAUAUUUUUAUGGCUGUUCAUUUAAUUAAUAAAGCUAACACUGUUUCAUCACAAAUGUA